CUUAUUGCGAGUUCGAGACGAGCUGAAGCGAUAACUGCAACCUGAGAAGCGGAGGUUAUCGAGGCUAUAGAGCAGGUAAUUCAGCUCCUAGCACCAGAGAAGAUGCCCAUCUCAGACAUACCCACCGCUCUCGAGGCGUUUAAGCGUGGUGAAUUCCUUAUUGUUAUUGAUAAUCCAUCGAGAGAGAACGAAGGCGAUCUCAUCAUCUCUGCUGCGCAUCUGACUCCGAGCAAGAUGGCCUUCAUGAUACGCUAUACCUCGGGCCUCAUAUGUGUACCCAUGUCGGCGGAGAGAUUACUGGAACUUGGUCUACCCGACAUGGUAGAACGCAACGAGGAAAGCUUGCGAACAGCAUAUACUAUCUCUUGCGAUGCACGUCAAGGCGUGACAACAGGCAUCAGCGCGGGAGACCGCGCGAGGACGUGCAAUCUUCUCGCCGGCAAAGAUACGGCGGCCGCAGACCUAGUACGGCCUGGCCAUAUUUUCCCACUGCGCGCAAGAGAAGGUGGAGUCUUGACUCGAGAUGGACAUACAGAGGCAGCAGUAGACCUCUGUCGGCUGACUGGUUUAACAGAAUGUGCUGCCAUUUCGGAGAUUAUCAGGGACGCAGAUGGAGAGAUGGCGCGUACAGAUGAGUUGCUCACCAGAGGGCAGAAUUGGGGCAUUCAAGUCAUCACAAUCGAGGAUCUGAAGCAAUACCGGCUCGACAACAAGAUAUAAAGGAGAAUGUUUAAAAAGCAUAGCGGCGUUAUAUGGAGGCAUUCAUGCAAGAAAUCAGAGCUUCCGUUGAAGGGCCCUGAUGUGCGGAUCAAUCAUGCGCUCGAUGUACUUGCCAACUUGGUCCACUUCGACAUUGACGACCUCCCCAACUUGCUUGAAGCCUAAAGUGAUCUUCGCCUGGGUAUAUGCGAUGAGCAUCACACUCCAUGUCUCAUAGUCAACAUGCGUAACAGUCAAAGAUGCGCCAUCUAGGCAGAUGUAGCCCUUCUCAAUCACAUAUUUGAGAAUAGUCGGGUCUCGGGGUUUGAAUGUAAGAGCGAUCGCCUCGCCAUCCGCUUUGCGCUCGGUAAUGACGGCCGUCGUAUCCACAUGGCCUUGUAC